CAAGCCGCCCAGUUGCGACCUCACGACGCUGGAGGCCGGCUGGAUCGGACUAUAUAUGAGUUCACGACCUGACUGAUUUCUUCUGUGCGAUCUUGCUCACACGGAUAAAAGUUUCUUCCUUGAUGGUUUGUCUCUCUUCGUAAAUUUCUUUUCGUGGAUAUUGAAGCUGCAAGGAAUUCAAAGUAUCCAAAGAUGUUCACCACCGAUUUUCUGAGCAGUCUUCCAAAUGAAAUCACAUGCGCUGUUCUGUCCUACCUUUCUGCAAAUGAACUGUGCCAGGUAUCUCUCUGCAGUAAAUCUUGUCGCGAAAAGUCUAACUCUGAUGCACUGUGGCGACGUUUGUUGAAGAACAGAGGAUGGGAACAUUACGGCACUGACUUGGACCUUAGCAAGAAGACAGGCUUUCUGAAGUACGAGGCUGAUGAUGUAAUCCAAGAAGGUUACUCUGCAAACCUCAUGCCAACCUGCAAGUUGAAAACAGCUUUCAUACGGGCAAGCCGGCUGGAGGCAAACUGGCAGACAGGGACAUUUCAAAAACAUUGUAUUUCCUUGAGCGGUGUAGACUGCCGUGAUGGCAUUUGGGAUUCUGAUGGAGAGUUUGUUGUGUAUGCAUUCAAUGAAGGUGUGAGCAUUUGGUCGCUGGAAAAGAGCGAUGGAGGCCAUGACGUUGGUGGGCAGGCAGGGAGCAAUACGGAGGACAGUGACUAUUACAAAAGGAAAUUGUUACCUCACCCGGGAUGGAUUGCACAAUCUUGUAAGGUGUCAAAAGGCGUAGGCCUAGCCACAGAGUACGAGAAUGACUGCUUCGUCCACACAAUCCGUUUAUUCAACUGCAAAUCUGCGAACUGGAUGAUGUCAUAUAAAGAAGAUGACGAAGCCCCAACAAAGAAGCUGCGAUUUGAUACCAAAACCCUGAUUGGGACUUCAUCAUGCCGGCCAAGUGAGCUCAUUGUUUGGAACAGUUUCAAUGGUUCCAGUCGUCAUGUACUUAAAGGCCAUGUCAGUGAAAUAAAGGAUCUGGCUUUGAGUGAUACGCGAGCUGCUAGCGCUGCUGAGUCCGUGCGGUUGUGGGACGUCGAACAGGGCGUGUGCCUGCACGUCUUCUUGCCUUCAGUGGGAUUCACUUGCUGCCACAUCGUUGGAGAGCACCUCCUUGGUGGGUUUCGGGACACACUUCUUUUCUGGAAUAUGGUGUCUAAGAAACAGCUCGCAACAAUUACUGACUUUGAGCUACGUUUAAUGUCAGUGAAUAACUCGAUAGUCGCUUGCAGUGAUGGGUGUGUGCGAGUGUGGAACAAUAUGGGUGAUCUAAUCAAAAAGCAUCCGACAACCGGGGAUAAAUCUGAGGGUAUAUAUGAAUUGCUCGUAGGAGGCACCAGGGUGGUAAUUCAGGGCCGAUUUAAAGGUCUUAAAGUUUUGAAUACGGGACAAAGUGAGUGCAAGAGCCCGCCAGUGUUGUUUGAAAGUGGAGGUUUACUGCAAAUGCUAUGGAUGGAUGAUCUUAAACUAGUGGUUUGUCGAGAACACAAAUGCGAAGUUUUGCACUUCUGGUAAUUAUCUCCAAGUAGUCAAAUCAUUUUUAUUCCAGUGCUCGAGAGAGAACCUUUUAUUCUGUUAUAAAAAGGAUAUGAGGAACAUACGACAAAGUUUUGGAAAUGAAAACAAAAGACAUUAUACACGUGUACAAGACAUGUUGUACACUGGUUUGACAUUUAAAGACUAACUCCAAUGAUGCUAAUAUUUCUCAUAUUGAAUCCUAUUCAGAAGUGCCCAGUCUAAUAAAACUGGCACAUAUUAGUCAACAUCUCCCUUGAAAUACGCGUUGCUAUGUUAAUAAACCACAGUUUUUGUACCCAGUUUUCCUGCGAGUCCAGUCCGGUAUUGUAAAAUAGACGUGUCGUCAUGACUCAUUAGCAUCUGAUGAAUAUUGAUUUCUGUGAUGUUAUUUCCGUCGAGAGGAAAUGCGCGCGUUAUAUGCAUGCAUAGCACGCGUAGCCGUGGACGACAGCACGAACUUGAAGAAUGCUCUCAUUCUUCGGAAACUCAAAGAAUUUCGAUCAAGGUUCUCUCUAGUUCAUCCACCAAUGACGCACGAUUUCGGCGUUAUUGUAAAUCAAGAAAGGAGCAUAAACUCUCGACGGAAAAGAGAUAAUGAGGCAAAGUAGACCCGCCAAACAGAUUGAUCCCAGUACGCGGUGAACGUGCACGCACAUGUACAUGUAGCUCCAUGUCAUGUACACGUACAUUCUAGCGGAACCAGUCGUGCCACGGAUACCAGUUCAAUAUUUUCUCCGGUAUUACGUCGUACAAAUUUCGUUUCUCAACAGCGCCGCCAGAGGUCAGAUUGUGGAAAUUUUUCAUAAAAGUUGAAGCCACCAUUCAAAAGUUUCGGGAAAAUUACAAAAAAUACAGACGUCACACAGACAUGAUAAAGAAUAUAUGAUUUAUCACACACUAAACACAAUAAUAGUUUAUUUUCAAAACUUUUAAAACCAUUUUAGUUGGUCUUUAAGCCCGCACAACAAACAGGUUGUCUGAAUUCUUCGAGACCUUAGUCUCGAAGAAUUCAGACAACGUGUGUUGUCCGAAUGUGUGUUGUGUUGUGCGGGCAUACACAAUAUUAGUGCAAAAUUAAUUUACUGUCAUAUAACAAUUUACAGUUCCCCCUCUAUAGCUGGAAAAAAGGGUGUCGUGUGUCGGACCCCAGAAGGUUGGAAGUUUUUUUUUUUGUAUUUUCAGUCCCCUCAUCUCCGAUAAUUGCGUCCUUCAAGUUACUCUUUUGAAGGACUUGGUUUCUUAAAUAGUUUCAGAACGUUCAUUAUUAUAUCAAGGUAUCUGUAAGUUAAGGCAGACAUACAAAAUCAAAUGAAUGGAAUUGAAGUAGAAAUAACUCCAGAGCUUUAUAAUGGUAAGCCACGACAUGAAAUAGAGCCCAGAUAUUGUAUGAACAGUUGAUAUCUUAAUAAUGACGAUUCUGACCUUAAAACUUUGUCAGUUAAACAGAAGGUACUCGCUGCGGUUCUUAUUUAACUGUAGUUCAUUAUUUACAUAAUUAACAUUAUUUAAAUGACAUCAAUUCGUAUUCAUCUUCACAAAGGGACGGGCAUAUCUAAAAUAAAGGGGUUUUUUUCGAUUUCAUUUUUUCACUAUUUUGCUUUAUGACAUCGUUGUUAAACAUAUUUUGGCAUGCCUCUGUAAGCAAAAUAUUAAUCUCAAACUUACAUAAAUGCUGUCAGGGGCAGGUAUCUCGAUAUUCGAAAUAUUUUAGUUAUACUUGUAGUUGGAUAUUGUUCUGUUAAAAGAAAAUUGGUGGCUCUUCAAGCCCAUAGAAUAAAUGUGUGCUUACAGUACUAGAAA